AGCCGUCUCUACUAAUACGUCUUGUUGGAAGAGUAUGAGCUUGACAGUGACGACCUAGACGACGCCGCACUCGAACAGCUGCAAGCCGGGCGGGACAGACCCCGCAGGUCGAGGCGAAACAAUGAGCAGUCGAUGCCUCUUCUUGUUGGCCUGCUCGACUCAGCAACUGCAAGACGCAGCGUAGACGGCUCGCUACAGCUAGAACGCCGAACGGAGCGUGGGGAGGAGCUGUCAGACGAGAAUAUAGAUCUUGAGGAACUUGCAGCCAAGCGCACAGCCGGCGGCGGGAUGCUAGACUCGAUAGCGAACAUGGCGAACUCAAUAUUGGGUGCAGGUAAUGCACUGCUUUUGCUCCGCCUACCAUAUGCUGUCAGACAAGCAGGAUUUGUUACUGGCAUAAUCCUACUAGUGGUCCUGUCCGGAGUGACCGACUGGACGAUACGCCUCAUCGUCACAAAUGCGAAGAUGAGCGGACAGAGCUCAUAUAUUGGGAUCAUGAAUCAUUGCUUUGGCUCGAGUGGUCGGGCAGCUGUGUCCUUCUUCCAGUUUGCUUUCGCGUUUGGAGGGAUGUGUGCUUUUGGCAUCAUCAUAGGGGACACAAUACCGCACGUUAUUCGCUCUGUCUUUCCUCACCUCUACGCCGUACCUGUCCUUUCUCUGUUUACAAAUCGCCAGUUCGUCAUUGCUCUCUGCACGAUCUGCGUCUCUUACCCGCUCUCGCUCUACCGUGACAUCCACAAGCUUUCGCGUGCAUCGGGCCUCGCACUAGUGGGCAUGGUCAUCAUCGUCUCGUCUGUGCUCGUCGAGAGUGAGCACGUUCCGCCCGAGCUCCAGGGUGAUCCGACGAAGCGCUUCACGAUCAUUGGUCCCGGGCUAUUCCAGGCGAUCGGUGUCAUCAGCUUCGCAUUCGUCUGCCACCAUAAUUCACUGCUCAUCUAUGGGAGCUUGCAGACGCCUACGCUCGAUCGUUUCGCGAAAGUCACACACAUAUCGACGGCGAUGUCGCUCGUCGCAUGUUGUGUGCUCGCGAUAUCGGGCUAUCUAGUGUUCACGGACAAGACGCAAGGGAACAUCCUGAACAAUUUUGCUGCAAACGACACGUUGAUCAACGUCGCUCGCUUCUGUUUUGGCCUAAACAUGUUCACGACCCUUCCGCUGGAACUGUUCGUGUGUCGAGAAGUCGUAGAACAAUUUUUCUUCUCGCACGAGCCCUUCAGCAUGCAGCGGCAUGUCUUCUUCACCACCGUGAUUCUCUUCUCUUCUAUGACCCUAUCCCUCAUGACAUGCGACCUCGGCGUGAUGCUCGAGAUCACUGGCGGCGCCUCCGCCACCGCACUCGCGUUUAUCUUCCCUUCGGCGUGCUACCUCAAGCUCGUUGACCAGAGCACGCCGUGGUACCACCACAGCAAGCUCGGGCCGAUCGUAUGCACCGCGUUCGGGCUCAUAGUCAUGUGCAUCUCAAUGUUCCUCGCGCUCGGCAAGGUAUGGACGCCCGAGGGCGACGUCAAAAUCUGCUCAUAGCACGUUCAAGCGGGCCCAGAUGGGGGCACCUCCUCAUUGCUCAAAGAGGAGAUAGAGGCGGAUAGAUACACAGCCGUAUAAUAUGUGGACCAUACACCGGACGGACUUGAUGACUUGUAUAUCUAAGUGUAUUUGGCCGGUCAUGGCGCGACAAGCUCCCCGAGGCCCUUGACUGCGCUGAGGUCCUCGAUGCGCACGCCUUUCGCCGUGCUCUCGCUCGCGGAGAGCGGUGACACGCUGAGCGCGGUCCAACCCUGCCAGAGCGCCUCUACGCGGCUCGAGGGCAACUGUUCCGCGGGGAUGUCUACCGGGUCGAACACGAGUACCCAAAUGGCGUCAUAGCCUCCCGCUGGGGAUUCGAGUCGGCGUGCUGUUCAUGGCUGUAAGCAAGGGAGAGGACGCACCUCCGGGAACACCGCCGCCGAUGACGCCCGCGACGGACGCGCAAGCGUUGAGCAGCUGUGUCUGCUCUGGAGGCUCGAUCGGCACGCCGGCUUUGACGCCCAUUUCGCGCAUGUUUGCGCGGAUUUCCUGGUACUGCGGAUCAGCUCUGCAGAUUUCCGGGUCGCUGGUGGGCGACAGACCUCAGAUAGUCGGCGCGCCUCUGCCCAGGCCUCGAUGAUCUUGAGCUUGUCGUCCGGAAUGCUGGGGUGCGCGAGCCACUGAGGAGUCGCGUUAGUGAGAAGAGAUAUAGCGACAUGGGGGAGUGGGUGUACCUGUGCACUCUGCAGGCUGGCAAGGUAUCGUACGACGACAACAUACAAUUCGGACUGUGUGGCGUGCAACUCUGAGAGCUGCAGGAGUGCUUUGCUCAACGCUUGGUUAUGCGCAUUCAGCGUCUCCCACAGCGCAUCCGCUACAUACACAGUGAGAAAGCGGCCAGAGAGAUACAGGACAUGGUCUGUACCUUCAGCGGAGCUCUCCUUCCGCCACUUCAGGACCUUUCCAACGAGUGACGGCGUGUCGCUACCUGCGUCGACGUCGGCGAGCAUGAGGCGAGUAUAUGGGGGAAGCCUGAACGGCGCGACGCGAUAGUCCCAUGCCGGAUUCGAUGUUGAAAGGAUGCGCGAGAGGGAUUGUACCGAUUCCUAUGUUAACGCGUUAGUUCCGGGCUGUACAUGAAAUCGCGCGAUAAGAGUAACAUUUGCGUUGUACAUGCGGAAGAGCCUUGGGAAGACUUACCAGAUGGUUUUCCAUGAGCGGCUGGAUGACCUGCGGGUCGAAGCGUGUGUAUAUCUGGCUACCGAAGACGGCAGAUGAGACAUCGAAGCCGCUGCCGACCUUACCCUGUGCAAGGCAGUGAAUGUACUGCGAAACGUUGUGUGCGAGCUUGCGGCCCUCGCUCGCGCUCUCGAGCCCGCCCUGAGACGUGAACGAGUCGCCGGCGAUGAUGCCGAGGUGCAGGAGCAGCGCAGAGACGAGCGAGGUGAUGAGCGCGGCGGAGGAGCCCAGUCCGGUCUUGUGCACUUCGGGCAGUCUCACGCCAGUGUGCAGGAAUGGCGGAAGUUGUGCGAGCGAUGCAAGGGUCGCGGGGAGGUUCCUGCUUGCGAGCUGGAAACGAAGAAUCAGCAAUUACAAUGACGGUCAGUUAAGGGAAACAGCGAGACUAGUACGGACUACAAGGGAUCGCCGCGGGACCUUGUUGAAAAGCGUGGGUUUUCGACGACAUUGCAACAACGCCCCGCGACGAUACAACAGGUAUGAGCCAGGAAACCUGGCGCCUAGGAUGGCC